UGCACGUGAAAGUGACACAGUGGUGAAUGUUUAUAAAGCAUGAUAAAAUUUUACUAUCUCUUAAAUUUUCGUGAAUUUCGAAGGACGUGUGGAAGUUAAUUCAAUUUGUUCUUUUAUUUUGAAAUGGAUCUCUCAAAUAAAAAUUCGUUGCCGCAGAAAAACUUUUGCGAGUUCUGCUCCAAUAUCGGAACAAGCAGGUGUGGACGCUGUCAUUCUGUUUGUUAUUGUAGUAGACAACAUCAACUUUUGCAUUGGCCAAUUCAUAAGAAAAAUUGUAAGACUCUUUCUACGAAUGUGUCUCAAGUUCCUACGGUAUCUAACCCACCUUGUAGUUCUGAAGCAAUGAUCGAUAACUAUCAACAAUAUGGGAAUUGGUGCCAAAAUAACACUUCACGAGAGAGAAUCCAAAAUUUGAGGAGCGUAACAACCCCACCUAAUGAAUUCAGUUUACCGAGCUCUUCUGUUAGUCAAGAGAAGCCCAUUGAAUAUUCAAUGCCUAAUGAAGAUGAAAUAUUUUCAUCUCUAAAUAGUGAGUUUUUAAGUUCAGACAACAAUUUUUGGGACGUAAUAAACACUUGUAAUGCCCAGAGCCUAUUUGACAGUCACUUGUAUCUAGAAAAGGAUGAAACUAUUGAUAAACUACCAGGUUCAAAUUCUCAAGCAACGCAAUCCUGUUCCCAAAUUCAAAACAAUCCAUCAGACUCUGGGAAAAUUGAGUAUUCAAUGCAAUGUGUGCCAUUGAACGAUAUUUGCACAAAUAUUGUUCAUGACUUAAAUAAGUACGGAAUUUGUGUUUUGGACAAAUUUAUUGGUAAUAAAAGCGGUAGCAUGAUUUUGGAGGAAGUUAAAAAUUUGUACAUGCGAGGAAUAUUUCAAAAAGGAGAGAUAGUCAAUCCGUAUCCGUACACUUCAAAAGAAAGUGUACGAAAUGAUGUCACAACUUGGGUUAAUGGUACGGAACCAGGAUGUAGAGCUAUUGGGAAUUUGAUAAGAAAGUUGGAUGUAGUAGUAACAACUUGUAACAAGAUGGAAAAGAAUGGAAUUUUGUCUAGGUAUAAACUUCAUAGAAGGACAAAGGCAAUGGUUGCAUGCUACCCAGGUGAUGGAACCUACUAUAAAAAGCAUAUAGACAAUCCUCAUGAAGACGGAAGGUGUAUAACUUGUAUUUAUUACCUCAAUAAAAAUUGGAAUACCAAGGAGCAUGGAGGAUUAUUAAGAAUGUUUCCUCCUGCCCAUAGUUCGGUAACAGCCGACAUUGAGCCAAUUUUCGAUCGGAUGCUGUUCUUCUGGUCUGAUAAAAGAAAUCCACAUGAGGUUCUUCCAUCAUAUUCUACUAGAUUUGCUAUCACUGUAUGGUAUUUUGAUGCUGAUGAAAGAGAUCGAGCUUUGAAGAAAUCAAAGAAACAACAGUUCAUGUGAUGAUAGAUCUGUCAAGACUACUUGAUUUUAUGCAUUUUAUUUAUUGAGUUGCUUUAAUUUAUAUUCCUUUUAUAUUACCUUUUAAUCUGAAGGUCACUUUUUUAAAGUUUUUGUAUUUGUAAAGCUGUGUAUAAAAUUGAAUGUAUAUAUACUUAUGUAUUUUAAUGCUC